UUUCAUUCGGUGGUAACAAAUAGCCGUCAUACACUUAAAAUUAGACGUGCUUUUUUGGAUUUCUUCGUGAUUCAAAUAAUGAAAGUAUACUAGCGCAAAAACAAAAAAAUAGACGCAUUUUCAAUGUCUGAAACGGGAAGUACUUCUUCUGCGCGUUUUUUUAUGGCGCGCGCACACCGUCCCCCACACAAGAGAUCGACGGCCUUAAAGUUACACUGGAAUAAACAGAGGAUGGACCAUUACGUUGUUUUUAGGAAAACUAAGAGAGUGACACUCCGGGACGAAGACAUGACUGCAGAAAAACUGGGUCGCAUCUUUCAGGUAUCCGCGCAUACUCUGUACAUCACGGAUGAUUCAAACGUGGCUAUGUUCCCCGGUGCGGUCUCUGGUGUUUUCAGCGCAUUAGACCUUACACCCAGAGGUCACUAUGAAGUCCACGGAGAAGACAUGGAGUCAAUUCCAACAGCAGGUUCCAGCGGGCAGCGUUUUGCAUUUAUGCGAGCACCAGCUGUGGCAGCGUCUGCACCUUCACGUUCACAGCAGGCUACUUCAAGUUCCCCUAUGUCCUCCAAAACAUUUCAGAGAUCAGUGUACUUUGCAGAUGUAGUUGGUGGGAGGUUGAUUCCCAAUAGAAUGGUGGUUGUACGAUUCCUGGAGUCUGAGGCUACGCUUCAAGGGAUAGUAGGAAAAGUGCAAGAUGCCAUUGGUAAUUACAACCCAAUAAUUUUGACAGAUGCACAGGGCAAUGCAAUUCUGGAGUCGGAGGGCACAACAGGGUCACAGUACUGGAGACAAAAUGCACGAAAAAUUCUUGCUGUGCCUGAACAAGACUUUAAUUGCCUCCAGGGAACAAAGAGGAAGAAACUGAGCCGUAAAGAUGAUGACAGUGCCAGUUUGGGAGAAGUGAGUGACAAAAUAGAAGAGUUGGUGUUGGCAUCUCAAAGUCUGCCAGCUGUCACAGCAGCAAUCAAAGAGCUCACUGAUCUUGCAGUUGCCCAGAAAGUCACAACCCCCAAGCUGCAGACACUCAAGGAGGGAUUUAGCUGCGUGGUUUGUAUGAACAUCAUUGAGGAUCCAGUGUUCUCACUGUGCUGCAGAAGCAUUAUUGGCUGCAAGACAUGUGUGGAACAGUGGCAAGAGACAUCACAGCACUGUGCAAAAUGCAGGGAGAGUAACAACGGAGUUCUACAAAUUACUGGUCUAACAGCUGCAUUUUCUGUAUUGAAAUCUUUUUUUGCAGAGGAGUAA